GAUUAAUUUAGAAACAAAAGUAAAACAGCUACAACCCAAGCCUCAGUCAAACAACACAAAAGUAAAAAAAUAAGGCAAACACCUCGAAACUGUCUUUUAUUCUUACUUUUAUUCACUAUUAAAAUUUACCCACUCCCAACUUUGCUAUAUAUAUAAAAACCUCCCCUUCCAGUUUUUUCACGCAGCCAAAAAAAUACAGAUAAAAUAAAAUUCUCCAAAAAAAAAUUCUCUUUAUAUAUUCCAAAAAAAAAGUUAAAAAACAAGAAAAAAAAUGUGUGGUGGUGCAAUACUCGCCGGCAUAAUUCCUCCACGCGGUGUCUCCUCCGGCGACCUGUGGCCCUCGUCGGCCGAUUUCUGGCCAGCCGCUUUGGACUCAGGUGAUCCUCCGGUGAAAAGGCCCCGACCCUCCAAAGCUGCUGAUGAAAAAACCGAAAAAAACGAGAAGAAGAAACAGAGGAAAAAUCUGUACAGGGGAAUAAGGCAGAGGCCGUGGGGUAAAUGGGCCGCUGAGAUCCGCGACCCGAGAAAAGGGGUUCGGGUCUGGUUAGGCACUUACAACACCGCCGAGGAGGCCGCCCGAGCCUACGAUCGGGAGGCUCGUAAAAUCCGAGGCAACAAGGCCAAGGUCAAUUUCCCCAACGAGGACCUCGAUUGCCGCCGCCGGAACCCUAAUUCCGGUGAACCCGAGCGCUGCCACGAGCUAAUUGAGCCCGCGGGAUUCGAAUUGAAGCCUGAGGUGGGUGGGGAUGGCGGCGGAGGUGCGGUGGCGGCGGCUGAUUUUGCUUCGGCGGCGGCGGAGGAGGAGAACGAGGUGGAGAGGAUGACGGAGGAGCUGAUGGCGUACGAGGACUACAUGAGGUUUUAUCAGAUUCCGUAUCUGGACGGGCAGUCGACGGCGGCGGAGGCGGAGGCGGCGGCGGCAGCUGGGAUGGGUAAUCCGGCGGCGGGGACGGUGGAGCUCUGGAACUUUGGUGAAGUCUCCAGCGAAGUGUAGGGGGUUUGUUUUGUCUUUUUGUGGUUCUAAUUGCUUUUUU